CCCAAAAGUAAAUUGAGAAUUAUUAUUAUAAGAAACCAUGUUGAAUAUCAAUUUGAGCUGUGCUCGGUCCUGUUAGCCAGCCAGUCUAGUGCCUUGCCCAGCACGUCCUUUUCUUUCUCGUUCUUCGUGGUCUCAAUCUCCGUGCUUUUCUUUUAACAAGUAGGGUGUACUCCCUUGACUGCUUCUCACUAUGAGCGUCCUUGUACCCACCAAAUUUCCUAGCGUCGCUGCCAUCAUGCUUGCCUGCAUUGCAUCUUUAGUUUGUCUGUUGCUUGCACGCAUAUUGUAUUCCUUUAUGCGUCUCUGGUCUUGCCAUUCUCUAUCAACAGCGGCCGACGAGAAGACCCCUACUUGGUCCUCUUUGUUGUCGCUAACCAACACAUGGAGUCGGUCUUUGCAGCGCGCUCUCCCAGCGUCACUACCCUUUUCGUUGACCAUCCCGGAGAAACCAUCACCUGAAGUUGGCACAGGAGCAGGCGUAGGACUUUCGCAUAAAGCUCUUGAAUCCCUCCCCGGCAACUGGCAACUGUGUCGACCAGCUCCUCAAUUCCAGCCACCACCACCGGCUGUGUACCAAAAUCCUGCGCCUCUCUCCAUGGCAAAGCUGAUAAUGUCACGACACACCUUUCGGCGCCCUAAUCCAAACCGGCCACGGAGAUUGUCUACUGCAUCCUCAUCCCGUCCGCCACAGCCCACCUCCCAGCUGUUCCACUCCAUAGCAUAAACCCAAAUAGUAUUUCAUUCCCGCGCCAAAAUAACACCGCAUUUCAGGGCGUAUGGAUGAGCUAUCCUGGCUGGAAAUAAAUUAUAGCCCACCCACGCUAAUCCACGAACAAAUCUCAACGGACAGGUCACUCUGAUGAUAUACC